AUGGAUAUCCACCGAUGUCGAUUCGUGCCAUUCCCGCCUUCUACAAUCAAUGCGCUCGCAUUCUCCCACGCCUACAUAUCCAAGAACCAGAAAGCAGCCCCUCCGAGACUCGCGAUAGGGCGUGCUAACGGCGACAUCGAGAUAUGGAAUCCGCAGAGGGGUUUAUGGUUCCAGGAAACGAUUAUUCGCGGAGGGAAAGACCGGAGUAUUGAUGGGCUGGUAUGGACUCAGGAUCCGAACGAGGUGGUCGACGGCAAAAUAUUUCUUGGGAAAUCGAGACUUUUCAGCAUUGGAUAUACGACGACGGUCACGGAAUGGGACUUGCAAACCAGCAGACCAAAGCGCAAUGCUAGCGGGAAUCACGGCGAGAUCUGGUGCAUUGCUGCGCAGCCAGCUCUUGCGCCGGUGAAGUCUGAGUCGAAUGGUGUUUCUACAUCGCAUUGGGCGGGACAGAACCUGAUCGCGGGGUGCACAGAUGGAGCUCUGGUCCUCUACUCGACCAAGGAUGAUGACCUUCAAUUGCAGCGACUUCUGGUGCGGCCUUCAGCAAAAAAGGCUAAGAUCAUCAGUGUUACUUUCCAAGACCGCAACACUGUGAUAGCAGGAUGUACAGACAGCAUGAUCCGCAUCUUCGACAUCCGGACUGGGGCAAUGCUGCGGAGCAUGACCACCGGUGCUGGACCCAGAAGAGCGCCAAAGGAGGUUCUGAUUUGGUCUGUGAAGGUUCUAAAAGAUGGAACGAUUGUUUCAGGAGACUCGACAGGGGAGCUGAAAAUUUGGGAUGGGAAAACAUAUACCCUGAGGCAGAGGAUCAAGUCGCAUGAGCAGGACGUGCUAUGUGUUGCUGCCAGCGCUGAUGGUACGGCGAUCUUUAGUGGUGGAAUGGACAGGAGGACUGUGGCAUAUAAGCCAGAAGGAAAAGGAAAGCCGAGAUGGGCUGAAGUCUCGCAUCGCAGGUUUCACAAUCACGAUGUGAAGGCUAUGGCAAGUUUCGAGGGUUGUGGCAUGAGUGUGGUGGUUUCUGGAGGACCGGAUGCGUCCCCUAUUGUUACGCCUUUAGACCAGUUCGGAUUCGAGAACCAGCGAUCAUUACCUUUCCUUCCCCAAGAACUCACAAUUGGAAGCUCGCCAAGGAAGCGGCUGAUGAUGAGUUGGUGGGAUAGAGAGCUGCACGUCUGGAGGGUAAACAACACACCAGUGCCUUCAAGUGAGGAUGAUGAGGACAGACCUGCUGUGCCAGGCCGCAAACUGGUCGCCAAGAUUUUGAUUAAAGGGGAAGCGAACAUAACAUCCGCGACUCUGAACGCCGAUGGCAACCUUCUCGCAGUCUCGACUGCAACAGAUAUCAAGGUCUUCCAACUACGGUCCCGGAGUGCUGAUGACAACGACAGCCUCAAAGUCACCAAAGUCACUCUUUCAGAAGCUUUUUCGACAGGAGCGCGCCUCAUCCAAUUCUCCCCCGACGGAAAAUGGCUCUCCAUAAUCCGCCCAGACAGCCAUAUCCUCCUGACUCGCAUCUCCCACGACCCCUCCUUAUCACCCUCUAUCGCCAUCCACCCAGCCCUCACCAAGCUCUCCCGUCUCUCCCGCCAAACCGACAAACUCACUCUCCUUGGCGGCCUUGGCACUUACGACAGAACGAUAACCCAGCUUGCGUGGUCAUCGGACAGCAAAGUUCUAGCCGUCAGCGAUCUCGCUGGCUACAUCGACACAUUCGCCCUCUCCGGCAUCGAAGACACGACCCUACCCCUCCCGACUACCUCUUCAUCCACCGCGUCAUCAUCUUCCGAGCCAGACAGCGACGAGGAUUCUGAUAGCGACGAGGACUCGAAGCCUAAGUCCCCUAAACUCAUCUACGGCCAGCACUGGACGCGUAAUCCCUCCGCUUCUCUCCUCCCUAAACUCCCCACUGCACCGGUCGUCCUGUCGUUCCGGCCCGCUACCGCGCAGAAGAUCGUGGCGAAUGGCGUGGUGCCGCACCCGACGCGAAACACGCCUCAUCCCAUUUCUCAUGAGCUCCCGAGCGGGGAAGCGCGCCUUGUCGUCGUAACGUCUACGUCUGAGAUCUUUGAGUUUGAUGUCCUGAAAGGCGGGUUGAGCCCAUGGUCUCGUCGCAACCCCCCGGCCUCGUUCCCGGCCCAGUAUAGGAAGAUGCUGGAUCAAGCGAAGGGCGUGCUGUGGGAUGUCGGCAGCACGAAAGAGAGGUUGUGGGUCUACGGAGUGGGAUGGCUCUGGAUGUUCGAUCUGACGAGGGAUUUUGUGAAGAGUAACGAGCGGGGCGUGCCAGACGAUCCGAGUGAUGAGGAGGAGCAGCAGCAGCAGCUUGCAGGCUCACGGAAGCGACGCCGCGUUCGUCACGGCAAGGAAAACCCAUCAGGCGCCGGCGGUGUCAUUGCCAACUCGACGCUGAGCACGGGUAUCUCGCGCAAGAUACGGAGGGUUACGCAGCGGGAAGACAAGCACGAGGGCAUGCAGAGUGAGGAGGUGGAUCUCGUCGCUGCCUUUGAGGAUGAGGCGGGACAGGGGAAAGGGGGGGAGAAGGUCGUCGAUGACAGCCCGAAUCAUUGGCAUACGUUCAAGUACCGGCCGAUUCUUGGGGUGGUGGUGGUUGGCGAGGGGCAUGCGGAUGGGGAUGGGAACGGGGACGGGCCCGAGGUUGCGAUUGUCGAGAGGCCGAUCUGGGACGCGGAUCUGCCGCCGCGGUUCUAUGGCGAGCAGGAGUGGAGGGAUAAGAAUUCGGUGAACUAG